ACCACGCAGGCAGGGCAGCUGCGCCCAAUCGGCUAUGUGCUCAGAAUCCAGGCACUAUAAAGUCAGCCAUUCAGAAAAAUAUCUCAUCUUUCAGAUCAUUCAACCUAGACUCCUGCCUAAUUUCACCUGUGACUCAGCUUAGACAAUUUAUCAACUACAGAGCAGUCAAUGUCUUAAUGGAAAUUUAAAAAUGGACCUUCAAAAAUGCUAGGUUUACAAUGAGAGGUGUCAUAAUUCAGUGUUUAUUCUAUGGAUCCUUGACAUUUGGGAUCUGGACAGCUCUAUCGUAUAUAUAUAUUCACCAUAAUCAUGUAAGCAGCUUGGAGAAGAAAACCCAGGGGCCUGCAUUAAUUUGGUCCCUUGGAAAAAAACUGCAACAGCAAAUUACCCAUGACCACAAGCUAAUCCCAAGAUCACGUGUAAGAUUUGAAAGGCCUGACGAAGAUGAAACUGCAGAAUACCAAACCUUUUUAAAAUCGGGUAAGGAUUCUAACUAUUCAAAACCAGAAUAUAUUGCUGGAUUUUUAAAAUAUGGAUUUAAUGCCAUUCUCAGUGAAAGCUUGGGCAGUGAGAGAGAUGUGCCAGAUACCAGGAAUAAAAUGUGUCUUCAAAAACAUUACCCAACCAACCUACCCACUGCCAGUGUGGUUAUUUGCUUCCACAAUGAGGAAUUUAACGCCUUGUUUCGGACCAUGUCCAGUGUCAUAAACCUCACGCCACAACACAUCCUUGAAGAAAUUAUUUUGGUAGAUGACAUGAGCAACUUUGAUGAUUUGAAAGAGAAACUAGACCAUCGCCUGGAAAUUUUUCGGGGCAAGAUUAAAUUAAUAAGAAACAAAAAGAAAGAGGGACUGAUCCGGUCAAGGCUGAUUGGAGCCUCUCGUGCUUCAGGGGAUGUUCUGGUGUUCCUGGAUAGCCACUGUGAGGUGAAUCACGUGUGGCUGCAGCCCUUGCUGCAUGCCAUUGCCAAGGACCCCAGAAUGGUGGUGUGUCCUCUGAUAGAUCCCAUUGACUAUGAGACCCUAGAAUACCGGCCCUCUCCGGUCAUAAGGGGUGCUUUCAACUGGCAUCUAGAAUUUAAAUGGGAUAAUGUUUUCUCUUAUGAGAUGGAUGGACCAGAAGGACCCACUAGACCCAUCCGGUCACCUGCAAUGGCUGGAGGAAUUUUUGCUAUAAAUAGGCAUUAUUUUAAUGAGAUUGGACAGUACGACAGGGACAUGGAACUCUGGGGAACAGAAAAUUUGGAACUUUCACUAAGGAUCUGGAUGUGUGGAGGCCGACUCUUUAUACUCCCCUGCUCUCGAGUGGGACACAUCAAUAAGCCGCACUUUCCAAAUCAACCUGAGCUUGUAAAAGCCGUGACAUAUAACAAUCUCAGACUGGUGCAUGUUUGGCUGGAUGAAUACAAGGAGCAGUUUUUUUUACGACAACCUGGUCUGAAAUCUGUUGCCUACGGAAACAUUAGUGAGCGUGUUGAAUUGAGGAAACGAUUGGGUUGCAAAUCAUUUCAGUGGUAUUUGGAAAAUGUCUUCCCAGAACUGGAGACAUCUUAAGGGCAGCCAAUGAAAAGGAAACAAAUCAUUUUCAUUAAUGAAGGGCUAAAAUCCCCCUAG